UAAGCACAAUGCUUUAUCGCAAUAUGUAUGUAUGAAUGGUUAUAUAUGUAAUAACUGUAUUUAGAGCUUUUAUUCUUUGUUGGUAUCGUCUUCAAUUUUUUUUUUUUCUGUUAAUUGAUGCACCAUAUGUCACAAAUUUCAUUUCCAAAUCACCUAGCAUUGCUUUUUAAUUUCUAAGUUUUACAGAACUGAAUAGAAGCCUAGUAAGUAUUAUAACAAUGUACCAUCAUGCUAGAAUUUAUAUACUUAAGUAUGUGCCGCCCAAGUUGUGCCUUGGAAGCCUUUUACACAGUAUAUUUUAAAUAAAUAUUGUACAAGUAUGAAAUGAAAAUUUGCUAUAGUGUGUAGAAAAGCAAAUGUAUUAUUUGCCAAAUAGCGCUUACAUAUAUUAUAUAUCAUGUGCAAAAUUAUAUUACUGCCUAUAAUAUGAGAGUCCUAAAUAUAUAAAAAUAUAUUUAAAGAUAUAAUAAUUUAGAAAGAAUAUAUAUCAUAUAUAUGAUAUACUUUCUAAAUUAUAUAUAUAUACAUAUAUAUACAUACACACACAAAUGUAUAUAAGCAGACUAUUAUGAUUGGUGAUUUGGAAAAGAUUCGUGAUUACUUAGAUAGUCGAUCAGUGUAAAUAAAUUCAUUUAGCUGUAAAAAAAACAUCUGCAAAAUCCAUUCCACACUUACCAUGUAGACCCGAUAAUUACGGGAUCUCUUUUCAAUAUUUUCUUUGCGUCUUUAGAGUAUUGAUAUCAUUGUAUAUUAUUAGAGGAUCAUGGUGAUAAUAAAAAAAUGUGGCUGUUUAUCAUGAUCGAAAGUACGAUAUCGAGUAAUUUCUGUUGCAAGAUUAUAAAGAUUACCAACAAAAAAUGUCGAUCAGAUAUAGCCAAAUAUUAUGAGAAGUACAUUAAUUUCUUCAUCCAAUUGAUAUCAUUCGCACGUAUAAAAAUGUUCAUACUUUCGAUGAUGUAACAGCAGAUGCUGAUUUGUUGUGGUAAUCAAUAUUACGAUAUUGUACAGCUCUGCUAUCAUUAUUAAGAUUAUCAAAUUCUUUAAGAGGGACUUCGUACAUGUUAGAUUGUUAUCAGAAAAACAUAUUCCUUUUUCUCUGUCUAUCUUUCAAAACAAAAUCAAACUUUGUUCGACGACGAAAAAAUUCUCAUUUGUGUUACUGUAUCUGCAUUUCUGGUAAUUACUAUGUUGUGCAGUUACCGAGUAUAAAUAAAAAAUAUUUCCUAUCUGUGUAUCUAUGUGCAACGAAAAAAUAGUUUUAUUAAUCUUAUAAUUGCUCAAUAAUCCGUAAUAUCCCAUAUUAUUCCCAAAAUAUUCUUAUAAUAUGCUAUAUUUUUGUAUUCUAUGCUAUAUAUUAUAUAAUAUAUUUCAAAUAACAAAGAAAAGGGCGGGAUUUUUACACAAGUGUCGUUAUAGGUCAGUUCAUGGCCGAAAGUCAUUGGUCUAUUUGCAAAGAGUUUGUAAUCGGAUUCGCUGUUUUUCGUAGAAUAGUUCGAAUAUAUUAACGGAUAUUGUUGUCCUGUUCUCUAGUUCAGUGCCAUCAUGUUAACCUUAUGCGUAUUGUGCUCGAAUUUGCCAUGAAAUCAAGUGUCGUUAUUCAAUCAAAUGAUUAUUCAUCCAAUAUGUAUAUUUAAUGUGAAAAUUUAAUGUUUAUAUCGUAUCUUAUAAGUUGAAUUGUUUAAAAACUUAAGAGAUACAAAUACAAACAAUCAGAAUGGAUGAUUUUGAUAUGAACAAUACUUAUGUCAACGAACGGCACGAACAAUACCUGGACCCGGAACCAGAGUUUCUCGGAUUCGAGCAAUCUUUAGGACCCACCCACGACACGAUGGCUAAGAACGUGGGGGAGAGCCGGAUACCAGUUCCACGCGCAACACGGCCGUCUUUCUUCCCGAAAUCGAGAGUGCUCGGUACGUCGACACUCGUACCUGGCCACCGACGUUCAUUAGUACUCCCGGGAUGUUUGCAAUUCGUCGAUGCCGAGGACGAGUCUGGCACUCCUAAAAAGUGCGGGCCACGAGCUACGUCUACGCCGUCAAUCGAAGAUUCGGGACAUAAGACAUUCAAGUUAUCACCCGUGUGGAAUAUUGAGAAAGAUGACGUGCAACAGUUGGUUCAUUUCGCGGAAGAGAAGAGCAACUUUUUCAGUUUGCUCGAGAAUUCUGAGUUGAAUAUGAUUGAAGACAUCGGCGAGGGCUGCCUCUUGGAAGCGUCCCUAGGCAAUUACAGCGAUAAUGCAGUAAAUGCGACGCCGCAUUAUUUGAUGCUCAACAAACAGAAUUCUUUUGAACACGACGAAAGCCUCGGUAUAUUAACUCCUGACCAGAUGACCGACUUCACAGUUGCGCUAGAGUGCUCCAGGACACCAUCCUGCGAAAAUCUUACGGGAUCAGCAGGUUCUAGAUUGGCGUUAACGCGAGCGUCUGCGUCGAGACCGUCGGCGGAUGCCGAGCCAACUGAAGAGGCUUCCAGCGAGAGAACGCCAUCUCCGGAAGAACUGCCGCUUGAUCCUAAACCAACGGAGCCUGUUAGGGGCACGGUUCCAAUCAGUUUUGUUACGUCGGUGACGAGUAUCACAAGUCUUGAAGCUGGUUAUCAAGGUGACGGUGAGAAUUCUAGGCCAGCAAGCCGUGGGGCCGAUCCACCAUCCGUCGCUCCACCGCCAAAUCUACCCGCCCCUUGUAGACAAGAUCCGAUGACGGAUUCGGAUUUCUUCACGGAAAGUGAUGCCGACGCGUAUGAGGAAAUCGUACGCGGUGAUAGGAAAGCUCAGGUGAUCGAUGGUACCCUCUUCUGUGCACCUGGUGGACGAAGAUGUCCCAGUUUCACUGGCGGAGAAGAGAUGGACUCGAGUGGGAUUUACUCGGAUCUCGACAAGAGGCAGGAUGAGGUUCACGCUCCUGAAGAGGCGGUCGAGGAACACGAGGACCGCACUCCGGAUACCAUUGACACAGAAGUCUCGCAAAGAAGUCAGCCGACACCAAUCAAGACGGAAGUUAGUCACGUUAUAAUGGAUUAUUUACAGGCUCCCGUAAAUCCCCUGGAUGGAUCGGCUGACUCCAGUGGUUCGAUAAACAAUAAUGAAAUUACAGUGAUCGAGGUUGAGAGAACCAAUGACAAUAUAAGAUCGAAGAUACAGAAAGUUGAUUCGGUCCCGUUAAAGAAAUAUAAGAUGCCUAAGAGGAAUGUUGUCUCGAAGAUCAAAGCUAUGAUCGAGUCUGGACCGAAGGAUGAAGCGGAGAAAGAAGCUCGACGUUCACAGAGGUCUGCUAGAAAGGGUGGACGCUGGGAUGCCGUUAUGAGUAAAAUUGAAGCAGGGAAAAACGAACAGAGAAGUAGGCCACCCAGGAAGGAAGUAAAGUCAAGGGUACUUCAGAGUCUUGGUCAGUCAUCUUCUACAGGAUCAAGUCAGAAGAAAGCUGGUGACGCAAAUAAUAACAAUAACAAGGAUAAAAGGAGAAUACGUGGUCGACAAGAAAUAAAAUCGCCAAUCGAAGAAACUGCCAGAAGCUCCGUUCGUAGCUCCUUGAGUGAUCUCAGCACUGGACCUAGUAAGGAUGCGUCAAGUAAGUCAAAUUGAUAUUUUUAAAUUGCAAAUUAAAU